AUGAACAACACCGGGCUGGCCGGGUGCCUGGGACCUUCAAGGCCAAUUGAGGCAGAAGUGCAGAGAAGAAAACAGUUAAUUCAUCAGUCAGUGGAACGCAAAGCCAUCAUCUCAAAGUGCUACAGACGAAAACACCCAGAAGUGUACAUUCUGCAGGAUUCAUUCCUGGCCCCAGAUUUUCUAGAAAUUGUGAGAUACUGCACAUCGCCGGAUGCUCAUCUCCAUGGCCUCCUGCGCUACAUCGAGUCCUUCUCAGAUAAGAGGAUCUAUCGACUCCCAGUGUUCACAGAGGAAUUCUGCCAAGCCUUUGUGGAUGAGCUGGAGAACUUUGAACAGUCGGACAUGCCUAAAGGCAGGCCCAACACGAUGAAUAACUAUGGGGUUUUGCUAAAUGAGCUUGGGAUGGAUGAAACUUUCAUCACACCCCUGCGUGAAAAAUACCUGCAGCCUGUAACGGCACUGCUUUAUCCCGACUUGGGAGGUGCUUGUCUGGACAGCCAUAAAGCAUUUGUUGUCAAGUACUCGCUACAUGAAGAUCUGGAUUUGAGCUCUCACUAUGACAAUGCAGAAGUCACCUUAAACGUUUCACUGGGAAAAGACUUCACAGAAGGCAACUUGUACUUCGGGGAUUUCAGCCAGGAUCCUACCCCCGUCCCAAAGUACAUAGAGAUUGAACAUGUGGGAGCCCAGGGGGUGUUACACCGAGGAGGGCAGAUCCACGGGGCGCUUCCCAUUGCCUCCGGGGAACGCUGGAACCUCAUUAUUUGGAUGAGAUCAUCUGCCAUCCGCAACCAGCUCUGCCCCAUGUGCAACAAGAAGCCUGAGCUGGUGGAAGCAGAGGGAUUUGGAGAUGGGUUCACAGAAACCCUUGAAGAUGAUGCGCCCGAGACUGUGAAUCUCUGUUCCUUGUGGUAG